AUAUAAAAAUUGGCGGUCUGCGUUGUUGCUGCUGCGUUUCCGUUGCCUUCACUGAAAUUAGGGAACGUUAGUUUGACAAAUAUGAAGUCAAAGGUUACCUAACUGGAGUCCGCUCUUAUCGUGCUUGUCUUUGUUCAUCGGUAGCGCGUUCUAAUUUCAUAAUUGUGUUAAAUGCAUGCUGACAAACUCAAAACAAGUUUGGAGGCUAACUUAGCUAACGGUAAACUUUGUGACUAGCUAGCAGCUAAAGCUAACCGGCUAGCUGUUUGAUAUUAAGCCAGGCUGGCAUUUUGAGCACCGGACAAUCGCACGCUACUUCGUGGAAUAAUGGCGAACCCGGUAUUAUGGCAGAAAAAGAAUGGGAAAUAUCUGUGGUUUGCUCUCAUCGGGCUUGGAUUUCAACCAGACGUCGUUACAUCUUCGAUCGCCGGCAAAACCAACAUUAAUGUUAAAUACCUGAACCUGGGACCGAAUAUGUUCGACAAACCAAACAAAGAUGCCUGCUACCUUGUAACCCAUUUCCUGUUGGAAAAGCUCAACCCGACAAGAUUCAAUGAAGCAUACAGGAACUGUUGGCCUAUUUUGAACCACAAAGCAGAUGCUGAGUUCCGCAAAGUUACCUGCUCUUGGCUGCGAGAAAUAAUGGAUGAAACUGCUAACGCAGGAUCCAAAGUGGUGGCAUCGUUGUUCCUCUCACCCGGAGGCCCCAAGUUCAUCAGCUUGAUGCUACAGUUGGCCAAUCAUGUCAUGCUGCAGGAAAUGAAGACAUUCAAAACAGAUGGCACCUGGGUUCCUGAGGCUGCAGCGAUGCCCGCUUCCUCCCUCGACAUGGCAGAGAAGAGACUCAACCUGAUCACCUCCAGGUUUUUGAGAACUGCAGUGGAUCAGGAUCGGUUUCUCCACGAGUACCAGAGACGAGCUCAGCUCCUGGUGAAGUCUAUGAAGGACAUCAAAGCUGAGGGUGCCAAGUAUGAUGACUUACUCAAGCGUAACAGUGGUGCUUCUACACAGGAGGGAGCUUCUCCAGCUGAGAAAAUCAAAAGGGUACGCUCUUUAUGGUCGGCAAUUGAUGACAUGCUGGCAACUACCAAAGAGGAGCAGCAUUCAAUGGCAAGUGUUCUGAAGGGGGAUGUAGACCAAUACGUCCUGGACGGGACGGAUCAAACCCUCAAAAUUCCCCGCUGUCUGCUGGAGCGAGUUGAACAGCUCCCACAUCAGUUGAGUUCAGGGAAUGUUUAUGAGGCCGGCCAGCUGAACGCCCUGUGUGUGUUGGAGCUGAUGAACCAUGCACUACAGCUCCUGAGGGAGGAGCGUUGUCGAGUUGCUCACGCUCCCAAACCCCAGCUCAGUCCUAAGCACCUGCAGGAGAAAUGUCAGCAGAUGGCCCGCACACUGCAGAACCUCCACCUCAUCAGGCAGAAGAUUUCCAAGGAAGGAAUUCCUGAGGUUAGGAGUGCCAUUAGAAAAUUGGAGGCUGAGUGGGACCAGAAGUGGAUGGAUACACUGAAAGAAACACCACUCGUCUCUUUCCUUAAUGAAGAUCCUGCUCUUGGCUUCCUCUCACCAAUGGCUCCUCUGUCUUUUGAACCGGCUGCGGAUGCUACUUACAGAAGUAGUGUCUUCUCCCAGUACCCUGCAACACUGCUUGAGGAGAAGCUUUCAGAGGAAAAGCUUGAAGAGAGUAAAUCAAAGGAAGACAUCCAGCUGAGGAGUUCUAUCCUGCAGAGCUCUUGUCCUGUAACAGCUGAGAAGACUGAAAGUCCUUCUGUAACCACUGAGGCAUUGUCCAAAGCAAACACCUCUCUUGACUGGCUCUUUGACACACCUCCAUCUCCGCCUUUUAAGGCUCCAUCAGCACCACCACCUCAGGCCAGCAUGAGGAAGCCGGUCCGUGUUCAUACAAAGGCAACUCCUGUGAGGACCAAGACUCAGAUAUUAGACAUGGAAUGUGAUAACCUUGCUGAUCAGUUUGCAGAUGCUGUUACUACAGCCAGUCCUACAGAAGGCAGGGUCAAAGGUCGUGACCUGGAGGGCCUCCUCAACACUCUUCAUGGAGAUCCAUUCUCCACGAGAAAGCAGCUGCCACGCACACCUGAGAGCUUAAUUAUGGAUGUGAAGAGCUCCUGGCGUAAGGCACUUGAGGAGGACAAAGCUGAGAAAAUGGGGCGGUCAUUCACAAGUAACGACAGUGUCACAGGGCGGCUCACUCCCCUCUAUGAGCCUGACAAAGUGUUGCUGAGCCACGAUGCUCCCUCCACAAGUGUCUCCGGAAGUAUCUACCCCACUGUCACAAGCCACAGCAAACAUCCUGUCUGCCAUCAGGGGAUCUCACACAAAUCCUCGCUGCUCUGGGACACCUUCAACACCGAGGCCCUCGACAGUUUCAGUGGCACAGGCAGCAGCGCGGUUCAUUUCAGUCUCGAGCAAGAAACUCUUCCAGAGUUGCCCAGCUGUGACAGUCUGCUGAGCCUCGAUGAUGAAGCGCUGGAUGUGAAGAGCGAGGAUGAUGACGAGCUGCUCAUCCCUUCACUAAAGAUGGAGGAAAAGCAAUCGCAGCAAACCACGGAUUAUCAUCUUGGUCAGCUCCGGCAGACCAUCAAUAAUGAAUCCAUCAUGGACGACAGGAAGAGGACACCAGAGGGUCUUCUGUCUGAUCACAUGGUUUCUGGCUUGGACAGAGACUGGCUAAUGGAGUCAGUGGAAGCCACAGAUAAGGUCUUCUCACUAGACCUAGACACACUGGAGACAGCCUCACCUCCAAAGAAGCAGGAGUUCAGCCUCCCAAAACUGAUCACAUUCUCUCCAAUAGACGACAUGAAGUGUUAACUACAUAUUAAAAACCACUUGUCAGCCUCAACGGUCUUAAACUGUUUGGCCUGAUUUUAUACUCAAUUAACAAACUUGUAAAUAGCUGUGAAAUAACCCUACUUCUGUCCCACUUUAAUAUUAGUUUUCUGUGCAUAAGUAUGUUUUAAUUUAAAAUAAGACAUGAGCUGCUUGAAUAAUAUGGUUCAUUUCCUUGUGUAUAAAUAAAGAUUGCUAACUUCAGACUGUCUUGAGGA